AUGACUUCCGAUAUUCCCAAGGUUGUUCCCCUGACUUGCCACGGACACUCUCGUCCAGUGACGCAUUUGAGCUUCUCUUCCACUGUCGAAGAUGAACAGUACUACUUUAUCUCCUCAUGCAAAGAUAAUAAUCCUAUGCUCCGGGAUGGCAUAACCGGCGACUGGAUUGGAACAUUCCUCGGUCACAAAGGAGCAGUAUGGCAAGCCAGACUCUCAGCCGACGCAGCAAUCUCAGCCACAGCAGCAGCCGACUUCUCAGCCAAAGUCUGGGACACUUACACAGGCGAAUGCCUGCACACACUGCAACACGCACACAUCGUGCGAGCAGUAGCAUUCCCAAUGCAAGCCAAUCCGCAAGUCCUAGCAACAGGUGGCGCAGAGAAGAAGCUGCGCAUCUUCGAUCUGACACGCGGCGGCGGCAGUGGCACAGGCAGCAAUGCCUCAACACCGCCUCUACCCUCCACAGGCGCUAACCCAACCGAAAACGGAGGCCCAGCAAGCUACGAGAUUGGCGCAGGCGUGCAUGGCGGCACGAUCAAGUCCAUCGUCUGGAACCAGGACUACAAUGUCGUUACGACAGCGGCCGAAGACCGCAAGAUCCGCUGGUGGGAUUUGCGAUCCCGCCAUCCGGUCGUUGAGUAUGCCGUUGAUGGGCCGAUUGGCACGUGCGAGUUGAAUAGUCUUGCGACGCGGCCUAAUGAUUCGGGUAUCUUGACUGUCGCUGCUGGGAAGAGUGUUUAUUUGUUUGAUGGGGUAUCUCCUGGGCGGUUGCUUAAGAAGGUUGAUUUUGGGUAUGAUGUUGCUAGUGCUGCUGUUAACAGUGAGUCUGGACGGCUUGUUACUGGUAGUGCUAAUGAUACCUGGGCGCGGGUUUAUGAUUUGAACACGGACGAGGAACUUGAGGUUCAAAAGGGUCACCAUGGACCUAUUUGGUCAGUCAGUUUCUCGCCUGAUGGAAAGCUCUACGGAACCGGUAGCGAGGAUGGUACCGUUAAGCUCUGGAAAGCGUGCCGUGAGCCUUAUGGUUUGUGGAGGUGA